UGGCCACCACCUAUUCCAAAAACAUUUCAUUUAUUUUUGUAGCAACUUUUUCGCCGGCCAAAAAUGUUACGCGAGGCUCUUAGGAUCGGCAGCAGGCGCUGGUACAGCUACAAGUCCGUCCGUCGUCCGAAUCUGGGCGCCACUAGUGCUCCAAAGAUGGAGCCGCCAAAGGAGCAGCCAGAGUCGUCCUCCAAAGCGGAGAGCGGAGAUGGCAGCCUGGCCAAGCAGCUGCGGGCCAAAAUUCUGUCCACCGGACCCAUUCCUGUGGCCGAGUACAUGCGCGAAGUGCUGACCAACCCCCAAGCUGGCUACUACAUGAACCGGGAUGUGUUCGGUCGAGAGGGCGACUUCAUAACCUCGCCGGAAAUAUCACAGAUCUUCGGAGAGCUCGUAGGGAUUUGGCUGGUGAGCGAGUGGCGCAAAAUGGGCAGUCCCUCGCCCUUUCAACUGGUGGAGCUUGGUCCAGGUCGCGGCACUCUGGCUAGGGACGUGUUGAAGGUGCUCACCAAGUUCAAGCAGGACGCCGAGUUCUCGAUGCACAUGGUGGAGGUUAGUCCGUUUCUGAGCAAGGCACAGGCACAGCGCUUCUGCUACUCCCACCAAACCCUGCCGGAGGACGCACAGUUGCCCCAUUACCAGGAGGGCACAACGGCCAGUGGAACGAAGGCAUUCUGGCACCAUCGGCUAGAGGAUGUGCCCCAGGGAUUCUCCCUAGUUCUCGCCCACGAGUUCUUCGACGCCCUGCCUGUGCACAAGCUGCAACUGGUCGAUGGCAAGUGGCAGGAGGUGCUCAUCGAUGUGGCAUCCUCUGAUGGCGCACAAGAAGGUAGCUUCCGAUAUGUGCUCUCACGUAGCCAAACGCCCGUUUCGAGUCUUUAUCGACCGCUGCCCGGCGAGACACGAUCCUGUUUGGAGCACUCCCUGGAGACGGAACGACAGGUGGGACUGCUCGCCGAGCGCAUUGAACGGGAUGGCGGCAUCGCUCUAGUCAUGGAUUAUGGCCAUUUUGGAGAGAAAACCGACACUUUCCGGGCCUUCAAGCAGCACAAGCUGCACGAUCCGCUGGUGGAGCCGGGCAGUGCUGAUCUCACGGCCGAUGUGGACUUUAAGCUAGUGCGGCACAUCGCCGAGACACGCGGAAAUGUUCACUGCUGCGGUCCCGUGGAGCAGGGACUGUUUCUGCAGCGAAUGCAGGGCGAGGCUCGACUGGAGCAGCUGUUGGCACAUGCGCUGCCCGAAAAUCAGGAGAUCAUUCGCUCUGGCUACGAGAUGCUCACAGAUCCCUCCCAGAUGGGCAGUCGCUUUAAGUUCCUGGCCAUGUUUCCCGGCGUGCUGGCUACCCACCUAGACAAAUACCCUGUCGUCGGAUUUAGUUAGUUAUCUAUUUAGGAUCUGUUUGUAGAGUUUUAAAUAUGUUGCACAUGAUUGUUAAACAAAA